AUGAACUUAAAAUUAGAUGAGUUACAAAUUUCAUAUACAAAAAGUUCUGGGCCAGGAGGACAAAAUGUAAACAAAGUAAAUACAAAAGUUGAGAUACGGUUUCACGUGCCAUCUGCAAAAUGGAUUCCAGAACCUCUGAAAGAAAAACUUAAAAUAAAGGAGGCAGGUAGAAUAACAAAGGAUGGCUACUUAGUGGUCACCUCAGACAAAACCAGGAAACAACUUUUGAAUCAAGCGGAUUGUUUUGACAAGAUACGAACCAUUAUAUGGGCUUGCCAGGAGAACACGUACACUCCAUCACAGCAGGAGAUAGAGGAAAUAAAAUCAAGGCAAGAAAAAGCAAAACACGGUAUUCUGAGAGAAAAGCGAGAACAUUCGUUGAAAAAACAAAGCAGGUCGUCUCCUGGCAAUCAUGAUAUCUAA